AUGCCAUUCCGACCACGCCUAAGUCGAACCCCGUGGCAAGCCUUCCGCAAAAUCAUGUCCGGCGAAAACAUCCUCGAAGGCGUAAUGGCCGUCCACAAGCCGCAAGGCAUAACCUCCGCGGACGUCCUCCGCGACCUCCAAAAACACUUCAACCCCUCUAAAUCCUUCGCCCCCUGGCUCGCCGACGCCCGCGCCCAACGCGACCAACAAAACAAACACCAACGGCAACAACGCCGCCGACGCGAAAAACGCAUCGAAGUCAAAAUCGGCCACGGCGGAACCCUCGACCCACUCGCAACAGGCGUGCUGAUAACCGGAAUCGGCAAGGGCACAAAAGUCCUACAAGAUUUCCUCUCCUGCACCAAAUCCUACGAAGCCAUCAUCACCUUCGGCGCUGAAACAGAUACCUACGACCGACUGGGCAAGAUCGUGCGGCGCGCACCGUAUGAACAUGUGACGCGCGAGGCAGUCGAGAAGGCGCUGGAACAGUUCCGUGGAAAGAUUAUGCAGAAGCCGCCUAUUUUCUCGGCGUUGAGGAUUAAUGGGAAGAAGUUGUAUGAGUAUGCGAGGGAGGGUAAAAUGCCGCCCAUUGAGAUUAAACAUCGGCCUGUUGAGGCGCUGGAGGUUGAGGUUGUGGAGUGGUUUGAGCCUGGUACGCAUGAGUAUAAGUGGCCGGAGACGGAGAUGACGGGGGAGGAGAAGGUUAUUGCGGAGAAGUUGCUUGAUCAGGAAGCGGGCUUGUCUGCCGAGACUGAGCCUGCGGCUGAAGGUGAGAUUGAGGGAGAUGUGAAUGCUUCUACCAAGCGGAAAUUGUCGCCGCCAGCCGAGGAGGAGGUGAAGGAGGAUAGUGUCGAUGCUAAAAAGCUGAAGGUAUCUGAGACUGAAGCUGUGCCUGCUGCAUCUGCAUCUGCACCGGAGCCUGUUGCUCCCGAACCUGCCACUGAGGAAGUUCCUGUUGAGUCUGCGGAUGAGCCGAAGCCUCAGCCUCCUGCCGUGAAGAUUAAGAUGACCGUCACGUCUGGAUUUUACGUUCGUUCUCUGGCACACGACCUUGGCAAGGCUGUUGGGAGCUGUGCUUUGAUGAGCGAACUGGUGCGCACUCGUCAAGGUGAGUAUGAUCUCCAGCCUGAUAAUAUCCUGGAAUAUAAGGAUCUUGAAGGCGGCGAGGAGGUCUGGGGCCCUAAAGUGGAGAGACUAUUGACGGAAUGGGCGAAAAAGCAAGCUGAUAAACAAUAG